ACGAUAAGUCUUUUUCGCAUGCGUCAAUCCUAAACAUAUACGUUCCCAUCUCCCAUCAUUCUAAGCAAACCAAUGUACUCAGUUGAUUCAUAAGGUUUCUAGAUGACUGCCUCGCUUUCGGGACAUUUCUGAGUGAGUCAGAGCAGAGCUCGAAACUCAGACUCAGAGAAGUGCUCCAGCUCACAUUAGCACUGUGUUAUCAGCUAUCAGUGCGCUAAAUAAUAAGUCAUUGCCGAAUGAAAACAUUGUAAGUAAACACACUCGAUUGCAAUUGCCUCAACUAUGUGUGUUUCCAUCCACUCUGCCCCACUUGGAAGGGGGUUUGCUGUGGGGAACUGGAACGAAUGCCUGACUAAUUGCGAAAUGUUUGCCGGGAAGACUUCCCAGGAAUUCUCGCAGAGACCGGCAGACACGUCCCAGUCGUUGGAGCCGAGCUCGCCGUGAUUCGAUGUUUGUCACAUAAUUGUUUAAUUGCACGUAGGACAGAUGGAAGUGGAUAGCGAUCAUGUCGGAAACCAUAUAAGAAUACAUCACCCAAUGGGCACUUUAGCCCCUUUGACAAACCAACCAUCGCCUAAGAUUAUGCUACGUCUAUUUAAGGUAUCCACAAGUGGGAGGGCAGGUGGGCGCAGAUCUCAGACUGUUUGGGAUCCAAUUGGCACGUUUCUACAUGCCAAAGUUGACUGGGUGGCGGGGCAAGCCUACAGAUACUUUCCUGAUUAGAUAAACUAGCUGGGGGAUAUUGAUAAAAAUACAAACAUUUCUGAGUAAUGAAUUGAACCGUAAAUAUUAAUGAGUGCGUAGUAAUUAUAAUUAUACUUUGCUGAAUAUCCCUGUAAUAACAAGGUUUCUCCCUGAACCUGACUACUAUGAAGUCAUUGACUUUCUGUUCCCUGGGGGAGUCGCUUUUGUCGGCCUGAUCCACGCGUUCUUUAAUCCCCAUUCAGCGGGCCAAUAGAGUGGGGAACUGGUUUCCCGAUCCAGAAAUACUCCACCGGGUGAUGUAACAGAGAACUCCACUUUUUGUGGUAUCAGACGACUCGUAAACAUGUCUACGACACACGACCUAUAACGGAACCCAAAACCAUGAGUCCCACCCGAACGAAAAACUUGCUAGCCCAUUAAUCGCACACCGAAAGAAAUAGUCGAGCAUUAAGAAUUGGAAUCCAAGAGGCAGAAGCUGAUUUGCUUUCGAGCGGGAAGGAAACAAGUUAAGAUAAGUUCUAAAGAAGGAAAUUUAGCGAUAAUAAAAUAAGUUCAAGGGCACAUAUGUACAUAUAUCCAAAGAAUUUGUUGCCUUUGCUUUGUCAAGAGCUUUGCUCAAUGUUUUUUCUUCAGUGGCUCAUAGCCCAUCUUCAUCUGCAUACAAAUGACGUCAUAUAUCAAGUAGCAAUAUCGCGGGAUAUUGAACUCAUCGAAUUCAUUUGGGAAAAUGCAGGGCUGGCAGAACGAUCAUGGAAGUGGAAUGAGAAGUGGAAAGAUCCCACAAAGCCCCUACAACCAUAUGAUCAUAUGCAAAUUAAUGAGCGCAGUUAUUAGAACGGUGCUUGAUCGAUCCGAGAUCGAGAUCGAGUUCGAGCUGGAGCUGGAGAUGGACAGAGAAGAAAGAAAAGCAUCCCAAAUUUGGGCCACUGCAUGGGUUAUUCUAAUGAGGAAACCGGGAAAGAGAUGUGUGGGAUUAUCAUAGAUGCACCGCGUAUAAAAGGGCAAUGCAGCUGGAGUGGUCAGGUUAUUCCGAAAGAGAUCAUGGAUCGAAAAGUGACUGCGAUUGGUUUGGUUAUCCUGCAGCUGCUGGGCAGCGGCCUCUGUUUCCAGGAGAAGGCUCCGCUGCAGACGAGCCUGGUCACCGGGCAGGCCAGGACCGAUAAGCAGCAACAGGUCCUGGACGAUCCGCUGGGAAGUGGACGGGGGAUUGACGAGCACCUGCUGAAGACCAUUGGUAAGGGCGGGAUCAAGCUGGUGAUGGCCUCGGGAGCCCCGACGACCACCCCGAAACCGUCAGUACAACACCAUUACUAUUAUCCACCAGAGGAUCAGCAGCACCCACGGCAGUAUGGCUAUCCACCGCACUGGUCGCCAGGACCGCCCGCUUAUCCGCCGCCACCGCAGCGUCCUUGGGGGCCACCACCUCCGCCCGGACCACCGCCGCCAGGACCUCCUCCUCCUCCGGGGCCCUACUACAAUCCCUACUACAAUGGCUACAACUACUACGGCGGAUAUGGCGGCUAUGGAUUUGGGGGCUUUGGCUAUCCCGGCUUUGGAGGCUAUCCUGGCUAUCCCUACUAUCCCUUCUAUCGCUCCUCGACGGCUGGCGAGGUCGAUAACCAACUCCCCGGUGCCGAUGGACUCACUUCCCAGGGCAGGGCCGUGCUGUCCCACCAGAACUUCCUCGACGGCAGGAACAACGCCAACGUUGUGCCGCUUUAUCACCUACUCCAAAUGGCCAGGGCCUGAAGUACUGUAAUCCAAUCCUUGAAUAAAACUGAAUAAAUUGUGUA